CUUCAUUCAUUGAUCCGUUUCAGCGCAAGCCACCCUUGAUCAGUUAAAAUUACAGAUAUGUGGGCACCGUAGACGAGGAGAGAGCUGCUUUACGAAUUACACUUUCAAAUACAAAAAAAAAAGGAAAACCAAUAAGUACAACUACUCGGAAGAGAAAUUUCCACCUGGGCGCGUGCGCCAAAAGGGUCGAUUGAUACGCACGUAUGGUUUUCGGGAAGAUAGAAGAUUAGCAGCCGUUCGUCUCGGAGAUGUGCACCUUAGGCGUCUUACUGACGGCUUCGCAAAACUUCACCCUUUCUCCAGGCAGGUUUAUUGUCCAGACAACUCGGGUUGCUUCCUUAAGCGCUGAUCUUUAGGAAGCACGGUGGAAUUUUGCAGUUGACCUCCUUUUUUAAACGAGUGUGUGUGUACGCUAAAUUUUUAGAUUGCUUUUUUCUUUGCUACAUGAGAAUCGUAGUGCACGUGUGGCGGACCCAUCUACAAAGCUCAACAAAAGCGCCUUUGCACGUUUGUCUGCAGGGGAGCGAGCGGGUUUAUUGGUGCCUGCACCCGAGUCCGUCUGCCUGUGCUACUGUAUUGCCUUCAUAUACGUGCUGCACUUUAAGCUGAUGUCCUGUCGGCCCACAGGCUCAAACAAAGGACUGAAGAAUGUUCUGAUUUCUUCUUCUUCUUGACUAUAGAGGCAUCACGCAAAUAAAGCACCACAUCUGAAAAACUGAUUCGUGGAUUCACCGACUACACCCCCAUCUCUUUAAUUUACACUGGAUUGCUGCAAACAAUUGGGAGUUUUUUUUCCUUUCUUUUUUCCUGUGGCUAGGCUACAAGAACAAAAGAAGCUGAAAAGAGGGGGGAUGCUGUACCCUCCUGGGUGUCUCAGCUCCGUCGAGGCCUGGGAUAUGAUCUGAAUCCACCCUUUUCCGUGUUUGUCUGGCGAGCGGCUAGGAAAACCACAAUAAGAGAAGCCUGAACAUCAUCAUCUUCCAAAAACAUUCUCUCUCUCUCCUCUCCACACACGGCCGCAACAAAGGCAUGUUUCCCCAGAACCGCCCUCCGGCUCCUUUGCAGCCACCCCCUGGCUCGUCUGCCUCUGCUGCAGCUGCAGCCUCCGGGACCCCUCAGUCCCUGAAACUGACAUACCCGGAGACCCUGGACCGCAUCAAGGAGGAGUUCCAGUUUUUGCAAACACAGUAUCACAGCUUGAAGCUGGAGUGUGAGAAGCUGGCCACAGAGAAGACGGAGAUCCAGAGACACUAUGUUAUGUAUUAUGAGAUGUCCUACGGCCUCAACAUUGAAAUGCACAAGCAGACGGAAAUAGCCAAAAGGCUGAAUGUGAUCUGCGCACAGCUGAUCCCCUUCCUCUCACAAGAGCACCAGCAGCAGGUGGUCCAGGCCAUGGAGCGCGCCAAGCAGGUGACUAUGGGGGAGUUAAAUGCUGCAAUAGGGGUACGUGGACUCCCCCCUCUACCUCCCACACACCAGCUCCAAGCCCAGCACCUCUCCCAGCAUGCACAGGGGCUGCCCAUGACCCCUCAUCCUUCCAGUCUGCAGCCCCCAAGUCUGGCAGCCCUAGGGGGUAGCUCAAGCUUGUUGGCGCUCUCGGGAGCCUUGGGGGCCCAAGCCCAGCUGGCUGCCAAAGACGAGCGGAGCCACUUGGAUGUGGCGUCAGUGGCCGCCGACCAUCACAGAGGCUUUCUCCGGGGUGCCAUGCGGCUUGCAAUGGAUUCAGACCGAGAGCCUGGGCCGAGCUCCUUAUCGAAUGGAGACAAAGGCAGGGCUCCGUCUGACUAUCUGAGUAAUGGCAAGAAGCGAAAGGUGGAUGAGAAGGACUUCGCCACUGAUUAUGGAAGCGAUGCUGACAAAAGUGAUGACAACCUUGUGGUUGAUGAGGACCCAUCAUCUCCCCACAGUGUCCACUCUUGCUCAUCACGAGAGAAUGGCUUAGACAAGCUACACCAGAGAAAGGAGGUGCCCCAGGCCAGCCCUUCUUCAAGCAGUGCUGCUUCACCUUCUCGUACCAAGGAGUCAUCUUCGAAGGAGGGCUCAAGCACACCUGGAUUGAAAUCUAGCACCCCAAUGCCAGUGGGAGAGUCCUCCAUUCCAGGCCCAAGCUCCAAUGCUCCACAGUUCAGAGCUGUGCAAGGAAAAGCUGGAGUAGACCCCUUAGCUCUUGGACUACGAAACCCGCUUUCAGUGCAGAACUCCUAUGCAGGGGCAUUCGGGAUCCCCCACCCUGGGGUGAACGGCGAGAUGGCGGGGGCUUAUGCUGGGUUGCACCUCGUGUCUCCGCAGAUUAAUGGAGCCGCCGCCGCUGCUGCUGCUGUGGCUGCAGCCAAUUAUGGCCGUACCUCUGUGGUUGGGUAUGAAUCCCCUCACAUGAGGGUACCAGGACUCCCAGCCAGCAUGCAGUCUGCCACAUCAGGAAAACCUGCUUACUCCUUCCACGUGAGCGGAGAUGGGCAGAUGCAGCCAGUUCCUUUCCCACCAGAUGCCCUGAUCGGUCCAGGAAUCCCACGGCACGCCCGUCAGAUUCACACUCUGAGCCACGGCGAGGUGGUCUGUGCCGUGACCAUCAGCAACUCCACACGUCACGUCUACACUGGGGGCAAAGGCUGUGUCAAAGUGUGGGACGUCAGCCAGUUGGCAACCAAAAGCCCAGUGGCACAGCUUGACUGCCUGAACCGGGACAACUAUAUCCGCUCCUGCAAGCUGCUUCCUGAUGGUCGGACCCUCAUUGUGGGCGGCGAGGCCAGCACUUUGUCCAUCUGGGACCUGGCCACUCCAACUCCUCGGAUUAAAGCAGAGCUGACGUCCUCCGCACCGGCCUGCUACGCCCUCGCAAUCAGCCCCGAUGCCAAAGUGUGCUUUUCCUGUUGCAGUGAUGGCAACAUUGUGGUGUGGGACUUGCAGAAUCAGACUCUUGUCAGGCAGUUUCAGGGCCACACAGACGGUGCCAGCUGCAUAGACAUUUCAAAUGACGGGACCAAACUGUGGACAGGAGGCUUGGAUAACACGGUCCGCUGCUGGGAUCUGAGGGAGGGCAGGCAGCUUCAGCAGCACGACUUCACGUCACAGAUCUUCUCUUUGGGGUAUUGUCCUACAGGGGAGUGGCUUGCUGUUGGCAUGGAGAGCAGCAAUGUCGAGGUUCUUCACGUGUCUAAGCCUGACAAGUACCAGCUGCACCUUCACGAAAGCUGUGUGCUUUCUCUUAAAUUCGCCUACUGUGGAAAAUGGUUUGUGAGCACUGGCAAAGAUAACCUUCUAAAUGCAUGGAGGACUCCUUAUGGCGCCAGCAUAUUCCAGUCCAAGGAAUCCUCUUCUGUUCUGAGUUGUGACAUCUCACCAGACGAUCAAUUCAUCGUCACGGGCUCCGGAGACAAAAAGGCCACAGUUUAUGAGGUCAUCUACUGAUCCCCAGGAGCUGAAGUCCCUGCCCCCAAUUCAAGCGGACAUUGGCCAGGGGGCAAAGCAGGGAACACGUGGAUUCAACAAGAAAGAAGGAAAGUAUUUAGGGCUUGAAGAAAGACUGCACUAGACUUGAGGAGUGGAGGAGAAAGCAAAAGCCUGACCUUGGCACAAGAGGGACCCGUGGUGGUAAUGUUAUAAGGGAGGGCAUUGCAUCCUCUGAAAGGAAUUUUUGAAGCAUUCAGGGCACACAAAAUGAAACUUGGAGGGAAUCUGACAAGACAGAUGGUUUACUUGGCACAAGCAGACCACUGUAACGUUUCCCAUAAUCCUAUGCACCCUCCACACCUUUCCAUGCUAGGAGGACUGCUUUAUACACAGAACCUUUAUAAUUUGGAGGGUCACUGCUGGCCUUUACGUCCCACUGAAUUGUCUGAAAUUUGCAUUCUUCUCACCUCCUUGCAGUGGCGUCCUUUCUUUGCAUUGCAGGCGGAUGUUUUUGUUAUGAUGGACUUUUAAUGACGAAUGACAGGAGAGAGAAGUCGAGCACAUCUCCAUUUAAAUGCCUUGCUUGUCCUCACGCACCCAGGAUGUUUCUUGGUCUACUGGAUAAUAUAAUCCAUCAGAGGCAUGAGAGAAGCAGUAGCAGGGAAGGCCUGAUGUUAGGUCUCUCUUGCACCUUUCUGGCCCACCAGUUCAGUUACUCCCUUUACCAGUGUUCACUCCUGUUGUCUCAACAGGAUGGAUCUGUGUGCACUGGAAAAGGGACCUGAAUAGACGGGCCUUGUGUGCUCCACAGAUGGUUAAUCCAUUGGCUUUUGUGGAGCCAAGCGAGUAGAGGCAUGAAGGAAGUCCACGCGGGGGGCAUGUGAGAUAGGACCAUCUGAAAAGUCCUUUUCUUUAUGGCUGCUAUCCAGCUGUGUCUCUGUCACUGGGGUGAGCGGGCAGAGAAAUGAUUCAGGUUUGCUUUUCCUUUGUUAUUCUCAUCCAUGUUUCAGCAUUCACUACAAUCACUGGCUUUGUAGAUCAAAUGACCGAAUUGUAGUGCUUCACACCAGUGUUUCCUCUUUAUUGGUUAGUCUAUUUGUGGGCAUUUAUUUCUCUCCUUUAGAUGAGAAAUGGGCUCCUACGUUUUAUAUGAAAUUAAAUAUAUAUAUAUAUAUAUAUGUAUAUGGGUAAAUAGUUUGCAUUUUUUUAUUUCUUUGCUUCAUAUUGUUUGAAAUUUUGUUUGGGUGAGGGGGAAAGAUGGAAGGAGGGUUCACGAGAUUUACUGAUCCAGAGGUGGAUUCACAGUCCAGACCAAUAAAGUAUUUUAUACAUA